AUGUGGAUAGCGGGCCCUUUUGGGCGGAUUAAGACAGAGGAUCUGGGUGACUCUCUACAGCAGACCCUUUCCCACAGGCCAUGCCACCUGAGCCAAGGGCCCACCAUGAUGCCUGGAAACCAAAUGUCUGGGGACAUGGCUUCUCUCCAUCCACUCCAGCAGCUUGUGCUAGUCCCUGGCCACUUACAGUCUGUAUCCCAGUUCCUGCUUUCCCAGACCCCACCUGGACAGCAAGGUCUGCAGCCGAAUCUUCUCUCCUUUCCACAGCAACAAAGCACUCUACUCCUCCCACAGACAGGGCCUGGCCUCGCCUCCCAGGGAGAUGUGGGACUGGCAAUGGGAAAGCUGUAUGGCAAUGAUUUCAGCCAGACUACCAUCUCACGAUUCGAGGCCCUCAAUCUGAGCUUCAAGAACAUGUGUAAACUCAAGCCACUGCUGGAGAAGUGGCUGAACGAUGCAGAGUCCUCCCCAUCAGACCCUUCGGCAAACACACCCAGCUCCUACCCUACUCUCAGCGAAGUAUUUGGCAGGAAGAGGAAGAAACGGACCAGCAUCGAGACCAACAUCCGCCUGACACUUGAGAAGCGAUUUCAAGACAACCCUAAACCCAGCUCAGAAGAGAUUUCCAUGAUCGCAGAGCAGUUGUCCAUGGAGAAGGAGGUGGUCAGGGUCUGGUUCUGCAAUCGACGGCAAAAGGAGAAGCGGAUCAACUGCCCUGUGGCCACACCUAUCAAGCCACCCAUUUACAACUCCCGCCUGGUCUCUCCAUCAGGAUCUCUGGGUGCCCUCUCCGUCCCUCCUGUCCACAGUACCAUGCCUGGAACAGUAACGUCAUCCUGUUCCCCCGGGAACAACAGCAGGCCUUCGUCUCCUGGCUCAGGACUCCAUGCCAGCAGCCCCACAGCAUCUCAAAAUAACUCCAAAGCGGCGAUGAACUCCUCCUCCGGCUUUAACUCCUCGGGACCGUGGUACCGUUGGAAUCAUCCCACCUACCUCCACUGAGACCAAAAACUUCCUCCAGUUCCACCUGGCCCCUUGUUCCCACCAGGACGCAGGGAGUCAUGCCUUCCAUGAAUGGACAGACUACUUGGGAACGGGUGGGACAAACGGCCACUGCUGAAGAGCAAACCCACAUUCUUGCCUUCUCGGGGAUCCAGAGACUCCGGAGAACCAAACUGUGACUGCAGACCACACCGAUGCCUCGCCGUAGGCCACGCUGAUGUCUCAGGCUCUUGAUAAUCCUGCUGGGAGUUUACUGUGCUUGCCUGCCGUGCCUAUGGCCACCUUCUUUCUCUAAUGUUUUUGAUGGCUUCAUCUCUCGGAGAAAGGGCUGUGUGCCAUUGGCUUCUGGGGACAGCCAUUUGCUCGGUGGGCCAAAUUGUAAGAACGGUAGAUCAUGGUUUUGGCUCUGACCUCGGCCACAAUCCUGAACAGAUCGCAAAUUCUGUGGAAAGACUGAAAUCUCAUGUUUCCACCAAAGCCUUAUUUUGUCUAAUUAUUACAGUUUCUAGUUUUGCCUCAUUUUCUUUUGCCCUUGCUCCCUUUUCUACAACCAAAUUCUUCCAUUCUUGUGCCCUACAAAGUCCCUUCCUCUCUGGAGAUGGCAGAGCUACCCUCCGAUCAUAUACUUCCACCCACAGGUUCUCUUUGUUGCCCACAUACACCCAAGUUCAAAAAUACUUGUCUUUUCUCUGCUCCCUGUGUUUCUGCUUGUCCUGCCCCCUCUCCUUUCUUAUGAGCACAAAAAAUUGAGCAAACCGAGAGAGAGAUGGAGGGAGGGAACGCCAUGCCCAAGAUACUGGCCACGCUCUUGUACUGGCCACGCUCUUGUACACAGCCUUUUCCUGUUCUGCACUAUGACCUUUCCUCUUUAAUGUUCCAGCAAGAUGUCUAACUCAGGUGUGAAUUUUGAUGAUGUCUCUGUAAUAUUUUAUCUCAUAUUAGAAAAGGAGGGGGGAUACCAAAGUGUGGGAUACUUCCACAGAGUUUCCAUGUGGGCUGGGGCUCUGCUGACUUUGGGGGGAACGUUAUAUGUGGAGUCUCCUUCUGUGGGCCUGUGUGUUAAGCUGUCACAUGAAGCCAUCCCAGGAAUUAGUAACUUUUUUUUUUUGUUGUUUUUUAAAGACUGAAUAUCCAGGAAACUGUUGAGACUCAAAGGAAUCUGUUUCUAAAUAUAUUUGUAUAGCAAUGACGUAACUGUUCCAUGUUAAUAAGCGGCUGCGAGGAGGGUUCCGUGCCUUUCUGUGUGUGCAGAUAAUGGAAAUGGGGUGGGGCAAAGGAGCUCCAUUUGGAACAUGAAGUGGGUGCUGGCGGUGGCUUUAUUGACACAGGGUCCCGAACUUCUC